GGGAGGCUCUCUCCCGCUCCCCCGCCGGAUGCUGCCGGGGCUGCUUUGGCUGCUGUUCCUCGCCCGCGAUGAAGGCGCUGCCUUGAAGAUGGAGAUGAUCUGUGUUUUAUUCCUCUCUCUGGUGCCGGCGUACAGCAGGGGACAAGGGGUUUACGCUCCUGCUCAGGCCCAAAUUAUCCAUGCUGGGCAGGCAUGUGUGGUGAAGGAGGACAACAUCAGUGAACGCGUUUACACGAUUCGGGAAGGGGACACGCUGGUCCUGCAGUGUCUGGUCACAGGACACCCCCGGCCACAGGUGAGAUGGACCAAAACAGCUGGCAGCGCGUCGGACAAAUUCCAAGAGACGUCAGUGCUUAACGAGACCCUUCGGAUUGAGAAGAUCCAAAGGCUGCAGGGGGGCCGCUAUUACUGUAAAGCAGAAAAUGGGGUUGGGGUCCCUGCCAUCAAGUCCAUUCGAGUAGAUGUGCAGUAUCUAGAUGAACCAGUGCUCACUGUUCACCAGACCAUCAGUGAUGUACGUGGCAGCUUCUACCAGGAGAAGACUGUUUUCCUCCGCUGCACCGUCAACUCCAACCCACCAGCUCGCUUCAUAUGGAAACGGGGAGCUGAGACACUUUCCCACAGUCAGGACAAUGGUGUGGACAUCUAUGAACCCCUCUACACACAGGGUGAAACCAAAGUCCUGAAGCUGAAGAACCUGCGGCCCCAGGAUUACGCCAGCUACACGUGCCAGGUGUCUGUCCGCAAUGUCUGCAGCAUCCCUGACAAAUCGAUCACCUUCCAGCUCACAAACACCACAGCCCCACCUGCUCUGAAACUGUCAGUCAAUGAAACAUUGGUGGUCAACCCUGGUGACAACGUCACUAUGCAGUGCUCUCUGACAGGCGGUGACCCACAGCCAGAGGUGCUUUGGUCUCAUUCUCCUGGCCCGCUGCCUCCCAACAGCCUUGUGCAAGGAGGUAACCUCACCAUCUGGAGGAUCCGCGUGGAGGACUCAGGCUACUACAACUGCACAGCCAUAAACAACGUGGGGAACCCAGCAAAGAAGACAGUGAACCUACUGGUGAGGUCCAUGAAGAAUGCCACGUUCCAAAUCACCCCUGAUGUGAUCAAAGAGAGUGAGACCAUCCAGUUAGGGCAGGACUUGAAACUCUCAUGCCACGUGGAUGCUGUCCCCCAGGAGAAGGUUGUCUACUCCUGGUACAAGAAUGGGAAACCAGCCAGGUUCUCAGACCGGUUACUCAUCACCAGGAAUGACCCUGAGCUCCCACCUGUGACCUGCAGCUUGGAGAUUAUUGACCUGAGAUUCAGUGACUAUGGCACCUACCUGUGUGUGGCCACCUUCCAAGGAGCACCCAUUCCUGACCUCAGCGUGGAGGUGAACAUCUCCUCAGAGACAGUGCCGCCAACCAUCAGUGUUCCCAAGGGUCAGUCUGCCAUUACUGUCCGGGAGGGCUCCAGGGCUGAGCUGCAGUGUGAGGUUCGAGGGAAGCCUAAGCCACCCAUUAUAUGGUCCCGAGUAGAUAAGGAAACCCCCAUGCCUUCAGGGACAAUGACAGUGGAGACCUAUGAUGGGAAGCUGCGCCUGGAGAGUGUCAGCCGAGAAAUGAGCGGGACCUAUAAGUGCCAGACAGCCAGGUACAACGGCUUUAACAUCAGACCACGGGAAGCCCUGGUACAGCUCAACGUGCAGUUUCCACCAGUGGUGGAGCCAGCCUUCCAGGAUGUGCGCCAGGGCAUGGGGCGCAGUGUCACCCUGCGCUGCACCAUGCUGAAGGGCAGCCCCAUGAAGGUGGCCACCUCCGUCUGGCGCUUCAAUGGGACCCUACUGGCACAGCCCCCAGUGGAGCAGCAGGACUACUCAGAGCUAAAAGUGGACAGCGUGAGCCGGGAGACCAGCGGCAGCUACGAGUGCAGCAUCUCCAACGAUGUGGGGGUCUCUGCUUGCCUCUUCCAGGUGUCUGCAAAAGCUUACAGCCCAGAGUUUUACUAUGACACUCCCAACCCCACCCUGAGCCAGAAGCAAUCCAAGAAUUACUCUUACAUCUUGCAGUGGACGCAGAAGGAACCUGAUGCUGUGGAUCCUAUCCUCAAGUAUCGCCUAGAAGUCAGGCAGUUGGCUCAGCGAAACGCUAUCCAAACCUUCAUUCCAGUACAGAAAAUGGAGAAGGGCCUGCUGCUGGAGCACAUCCUACCCAACCUGAAGGUGCCUCAGAGCUAUGAAGUUCGCUUGACACCUAUCACCAGCUUUGGGGCUGGCGAUAUGGCUGCUCGCAUCAUCCGGUACAUGGAACCAAUCAACUAUCCCAGCCCAACAGAUAACACCUGUCGCUUUGAGGAUGAGAAGAUCUGUGGCUUUGUGCAAGACAAGAUGGACAACUUUGACUGGACGCGGCAGAACGCCCUGACCCAGAACCCCAAGCGCACUGUCAACACGGGGCCGCCCACGGACAUCAGCGGUACGCCAGAGGGUUAUUACAUGUUCAUUGAGGCUUCUCGGCCCCGGGUGACAGGAGACAAAGCCCGGCUGAUCAGCCCACUGUACAACAUCACAGCCAAGUACUACUGUGUCUCCUUCUACUACCACAUGUAUGGCAAGCACAUCGGCUCCUUGAAUCUUCUGGUUCGCGUGCGGAACAAGCGGGCCAUCGACACCCAGGUGUGGUCACUCAGCGGGAACCGGGGGAACAUGUGGCAGCAAGCACAUGUGCCCAUCAACCCACCUGGGCCCUUCCAGAUCAUCUUCGAAGGUGUCCGGGGCACAAGCUAUGAGGGAGACAUUGCCAUCGAUGAUGUCACUCUGAAAAAGGGGGACUGUCCAAGAAAGCCAAUUGGACCAAAUAAGGCGGUUGCUCUUCCAGGAAGUGGGGUCCCAACCCAGCAAGGCCCUUCUCUUUGUGGCCCAUUGACUUUCUUCCUUUAUGUGCUGCUCAGAUGAUGGCAAGUGAGCGCUCCUGUCUUCGGACCAAGACAUUCCUGCUCCUUUCCUACUCAGCCACCUCUGCCCUCUUCCUCCCCUCCUCACUGGCACACCAAAGUGUCCAUACGUUACCAAAGACUGACAGGCAUGACCACGCAAAGGGAUCUGGUUCAGAACUGGAGCACUCCUUGAGAAAGUCAUAAUGUCUAAGACAAAACUAAAAAGUAAAGACAACGUUUUUAAAAAGCACGUGCACCAGAGAGUGAGAGAGAGAGGAAGGAAGGAAGGAAGGAAAGAAACAGAAACGCAGGAAAGAAGGAAUUACAGACACACACAAAAAAGGAAUGAAGAAAUGUGAAGAGCAAAUGAAGGAGGAAAAAUCUACCCCUAUAUUUCCUUGGGAAUGUCGGACAGGGCUUCCUCAGGGAAGUGGGAACUUGUUUUAAACAAACAAACAAAAAUAUAUUAAAGCACAAAUUUCUACCAGAACAGUUACCUUCUUUACCACAGAGCCCGCAGCUUAGUGGACAAUAUAUCGCAGCCUUCUCCUCAGCCCACCAUGUUCUUCCACUGGCUGGGGCUGCCCUGCAGUGAUGCAGCAGCUGCCCUACAGGCCAGCGGCCAGAGCACCCUGCCUCGUCCGCAUGUGCUUCAGUGUCUCUAUCCAUCCACCCUCCAGGCUCUCAUGUAUUUAAUUGCCCCCUGUGCAGUUUGCUUUGGCCCACGCUGCUGUCCUCUCCCCACCUUUUUGUGCUUCUCAUCCACCAGCCUGAAGAAGAUGGAGCAGGAGUGGACCCAUCCCGUGGAUCCUGCUGAAUGGUGGAGGAGUCCCAACUGGAUCCAGCUGCAGUGCAGGCCCCCACAUGCCUCUUUCUCUCUCUCAGCAAUUCUUGCUGGGUGGAGAAACUCUGAGGGCAGAUUUGAGCUGCAGGCAGAAAGGUCUCUCAGUGGGGUGGGGUGGGAAGGGAAUGUAAGGGAAGGGAAGGGGGGGACCAAUUACACAUCAGCUUCUCACUAUAUUUGUUGGGAUGAGAGCUGCCUCAGCCCUAAGCCCAGCAUUCCUUCUCUGUCUCUCUUGCAUUAUUUAUUUAUUCUAGUCUUGAACUCCAUUGUUUAACUUCCCUCAGUUCAAGCUUUUUGAAUGAUGGAAAGAGUCAGGCACGUUAGCCUCCUUCAGCCAAACAGCAGGUCCCAUGCCCACAUCCAGCCCCCCGGCCAGCUGUGCAGACAGCGCUGAUAUUGCCACAUCAUUUCUCAGGCCUUUAGCUGCAGAGAGGGGAAAAUGUGGCACAGCACCACUGCUCAGGGGAGAAAUGGUUGAAUGCCAUCUGUACAUUGCAGACCCCAGGAGAAGGGUCUGCCUGCAUCGACCAAGCAGGAGCCAUGAUUUCCUUGCUUCAAGUGGAAGCAGCAAUGGGUAUGACUUACCUCCCAGCAUAGGGCAGAGUUAUCCCCACAUUACAGUGCACUGGGGGUCACUAGCCUCCUAGCUGAGUGGGACUUCUCCCCUUAAGGACUCCCCAUCUGAGCUCUGUAUCUGGGGCACAACAGGUGCACAAUGAGCACAAAACCCCCAGUAUUCAUUGCCCUUUCCCCAUUUAUGAUGAAUAUAUCAGCUUCUCUGAGAAAACCAUGUUUGUCCAAAAUCAUCUGAAUGUAUUAGCUGCCUCUUGCCAUUGCUCAGCUUCUGGAAACAGCUGGUGCCUCCUUUCCUCCAGUGAUGGAGGGGGAAGGCUUUUAUUUAACACCCAAGAGAUCCAGUCUGAAUUCCUGAACACCAACUCUCUUUGCUCCUCGGUGAGAGUUCUUCUGCAUUAAAACUCCAUGGCCAGCAUCAGAGAGAGAAAAGACAUCAGCUCUGAGGGAUGAGGGGCCUCCUCCAUACAGAGCGGUACAAGACAAGAGAAAGGGGUUGAAGCAGCACUCCCUUGCUCCUAUUGCUUUUCUCCAUUUCCCAGGAAAAACCCUAUCAGUCCUCUGUCUCUGCAAGGUCUGCUUCCCCUCCAGAGUGUAGACCUUGAUCACACUGCCUAUUUGACCAGGAGACCUGCGGCUGUCUCACUGGGCCAGGCAGUGCUGUGGGAUGCUGUGGGAUGCUGUGGGUGCCUGGAGCAAUUCUGCUUCUUGCUGUCUGUUGCUAUUUUGACAGGCAGACAGUGCCCUCAGCAUCUUUGAACCGAGCCCUUUCAGUCCAAUGGUCUGCUCUUCUUUUUGCCUAUGUCUGUUGGAGGAUAGCAGUCAUCACCCUGAUAAGAGUCUGCUUUCAGUCCUAGCAGAGAGGUGAUGCUCUCCAAGAGCCUUUGUAUGCUAUGUGGUGUCUCCUGACCUGUUAGCAGUGUUAUCUUGCUGACUCCAGGGGCCUCCCUCUGGGCAGAGUAGGAAAUAGGAGUGUUUUCCUUUCAGGAAGAGAUAGAGCAGGGCAGUCAUCCCACCUUCUUCUGGGCUUUGAGGCAGGGAUCCUCAUGGCCUUGCUUCCAUGGGCUGCUCAGGGCCUUGGGAGAAGGUUGCACAAAUGCAUUUUGCUUAUGCUCAGUGGGCAGCAGGGCUGCUGAGGGGUUGGGGAGAUGGAGUCGGAAAAUUCAGGCCCACAGACAGAGCAACAUCUGUGUUGUGUCUGUGCCCUGCUGCCAGCCCUGAGCCCGUGAGGAGGGGUGUAAGUGCCUCACAAGCCCACCCACGGCUCAGGAAGCCCCUCCUCAGCCAUGGGCUCAGGGCAGAGCAAGCAGUGAGCAGUGAGGCCUUCUCCUCCUUGCUAUCAGGCACCCACGUGCCACUUUGUUGGCCCCGCAACUCUGGUAAAAGUCUCAGGGAGCCCCUUCCAGCCUACAGCUCUGCUCCUUUAUCUCUGGCUUGAACACAGCUGCUGGUGAGUCUGGUGGAAAGCCCUUAACCCAAGUGCCUCAGCUCGUCAGAAGCACCAAGGAGGAAGGGACAGCCCUCAUUCCCCUUACAGAUGUGCAAGGGGAGCGUGACGGAGGGAAGAGGCACUUCAGCAGCGAGGACAAGGAGCUGUGCAGUGAUGGAGGCCGCUGUUUGUGUGGCGUAUGUGUGCAUGCAGUGGUGGACGAGAGGCUCUGUCCCCUUUCCCAAGAGCAGCAGUGUUUGGGGUUUGCUACCCCGUCCCUGUGCUUGAGGGGACAGUUCUCCUUGGGGAAGUAAUGCAUCCCAGGUGAGAUGUAAAGCCAUGCUCCUCACCCCUUGCAAUUAAAGACCCCCUCACACUUUUCACAGCGUUCUGGCUAAAUUACCAUCCUUAAACUUAAUUACAGACUGUUGUCUUAAAUAUCUGUUGCAGUCCCAACCGGGUACAUUAUGUUUCCCUUCCCGAUGUUUUAUGUUGCUCUGUGCUUAUCGAGUAGCUGCUUUAUUCCACUCCAGAAGUGGCUGCAUUUCAGUGAUGGUGGAGAUUAUUCUGUACAUAGAACAAAAGUCCCUGCAGAAGAAAAGUGCAAUAUAAAUUUAAGAGACUGCUUUUAUUUACAAGGAGACCUCUGCUUGGUAGUUGUAGAAAUACAUUAGGAAGAAUGCUGUGUGGGUGUUAGCCGAUAUAUACUCAAUUUCUUCUCUUUUUUUUGGGGGGUAUAAAGCAGAAAAUAUGUGAGUGUGCAGGCUCCUGGGUAUAAGCUGUAGAUAUUAGAAGCAGUGACUGCUACUGUGUAGUUACAAGCGGGGCUUACAAAAAAACUUUCAUUUGAAACCUCUUUUUGUAGUUGUUCCUUGUAUUCUGAAAAAAAUAAUAAUAUAUAUAUAUAUACAUUUUUGUAUUAUAAUUUUCCACGUUUUGGUGAAAGUCCCAAUAAUAGGACAUCAACAGGACAUUAAUCCAUAGCUUUUAACAACACAAAUGUCGAUUCCUACCCCGGUUCUGAAAAGCAGCUCCUGACCGCUAACAGUAAUAGCCUGUUUACCUCCGUGUAGAUCAACCGCUGGAAAACGAUGGAGCUAAUGUGUUUCACUUGAUGUGAAGUUAAGUAAUUUGGAAUGCCUGAGCGCUACUCUGCCCCAGCCACGCGAGAGUGAAAAAUGUUUCAUCUCUGUGACAAAUCACAGUGCAGAGCGCCAGCGGCUGGGGAGCUCCUGAGCUGCGUGGCUGGGAGCGGUAAGGGUCUGCCCUGCACAGCAUGCUGCCCUAGCAGGAGCCCUGCUUCUGGAAGCAGUGCUGCUCUGGGAGAAGGUAGGGCAGCAAUCAGGGGGAAAGGGGAGAGGAGGGAGGUCAAAUGUUUAGGUGUUUCCUCCAAGGAUAAUUAUGGAUGUAUGAAUGAGCGUAGUAAACACCAUAUAAAUUGUAUUCUGCUCUCUAUUGCUGUUCAAAGCAUGGAAAUCUAAUUUCUUUUUAUACAAAGUCCUGUGGGUACGCUGCUUCGGAACAGCAUGAAAAUGCAUCGGCUCCAGAGACAACUAGGGUGCUCCCUCUGCAGCCUGUCUGUACUGCUCCAUACCAGGAGAACCACCUUCUAUUGGCAUCUUUGUGCAUUGCAGCUGGGCAGGGAUGGUCACCAGGAGCAGGCGGCAGCGCUGGUGAGAGAAGCAUUGCUCCAUCACACCAUCACAGAGGCACCGGGUGUUAUGAAAAGGGAGACCUGCAGGAAGGGUGUCCUAGCAUGCAGACAAGGCAGGAGCACAACCCAGUACAGGCUGCUGGGGAAGCCAGGGGCUGCCUCUGUUUGUGUUCUACUUUGGCUCCUCUGUUAACUGCUCGUCCCACUCGGCCUGGGAAGGCGUUUAAUGCAGACAAAAGGCAUUUGCAGAAAAACAAGUCCUGGAGAGCUCUGGAAAUUGCAUUUUAACAGGACCCAAUUUACACUCUGUGGUAAUAACUGGCAGCUGGUGGUUUCCAGCCGGGAGCUGAAUAGCCCCAGCACACUCAGCAUCCCAAUUGAUAGCUGUGAUAGAUAUGUGUUUUUCAGCAGUCACCCUUUUGGAGUAAGACAUGUGCCAGUUUGUUUGACAACCUGCUACCACCUAGCACACCACAGGGGAUUCUGAGCUCUCCUGAUGGCUACUCACAGCUUGGUGUGGUCACAUCAAAUCAGAGACAGCCAUUUGUUCAUGGGAGGCUCCCCAGGAGCACUGCAGAGAAGCGUGACCCUGGGCUGGGUGUAAGCUGUGCCACCAAGCAUCCUUCCUCCAAUGGAGGCUGCUCUCUAGGGGCCUGCAGCAGGUCAGUGGGGCUGACUGAGUUCCUACAGGGACAAGGGCAUGCAUCCCAUUCAUAACUGCUUCUGGCAUGUCCUGGGAGGGUGGUGGGGUUCUCGAGUGCUGGUGAUGGAGCAGGAAGACAGGAGCACUUCAAGACAUGUGUUGGCUCCAUCGAGGACUUCCUGUGGGUCGCAUGGUGGCUUUCCCUGUGACACAAGAGGACUCAAGACAAACUCCAUGGGCAGCUGAGAGGAUGGACAAGAUGGCAUGCUGGCAUUGUUCUUGGGAGAAAAGAAGGAUGCACUCUGUGCUGCGUUGCCCAUCAUCUCACAGGUGGAAGGCAGCGGGCUCUGCCCUGCAGCUGCUUGGAUGCUGGAUGGAGAAUAAUAAAAAGCCAUUAGACCUAUAAACCAUUUGCUUGUAUGGAAGGAGGCACAGUUUUGUGCUUUCAGUAAGUCUUGUCCUAAAGGGCGAUUUAGCUAUGAAUGCUUGGCUUACAGUGAGAUAUUUUACCCCCAGGGUAGACUCAGCACAGCAGAACACAGCUGGACAGCCCUCACUCGGUGCCAAUAACCAUGUCAGAGCUGGUGCCCAGACCUCACUGCUGGCUGCGUUUGUCGCUGUAAUAGCCAACCCUGGACUGAAGCACUAAGCCAACUGACGGGUAACUGGCUGCGCUGCCACCCUGUGUGUAUUUCUGUGUUCCUCUUGCAUACUCCAGCCCUGCAGGAAGAUACAGGGCCUGUCGCUGCUGUAGCCAGCAGACGUCCCCCUUGGCUGAAGAGGCUGGGCUCUGGUCCUGCCAUUUUGGCAGCAGGGAGGUUUUCAGCUGCAUAAAACCCAGCUGUUAUAGUGAAUAUUUACUCCUGGAUGGUCAAAACUUGCAUAACUGUAGUAUCAGAUAAUCUGCAUAGGCAGGCCAUGGAUAGGUGCUGAAAUAUGCCAGGCAUUGGCAGGGAAAGUGAGCAGCAACUGUGCUGCCCUCAGCAUUACAGCUGCUGUGGGCAGUCAUUGAACCCAAACCAGCUCUGAGGAAAUGCUGACACACCUCACUGUUUGGUUCAUAUCUGUCUUGUCUCACUGGGUCUUGAUCUCAGGAACUGGUCACUGAUGCCAAUAAACACAGAGCAACAACCAGCAGAAGCUGUAGUGGUACAGUCAACUCAGACGGCUCUUAACUUGUGGUGAGAGGAGAACAUCAGUUUCUUGCUGUCUUUGAAAUGCCAUCAGUACUGACCAGGGGCAGUAUGUUAGGUUCUUUGUAUUGGUGGCAGCCUGCACCUCCCAGAGGCAGAGCAGCCAGGGAGCCCUGAGCACUGGGAAAAGGGGAGCAAAAGGACUUUCCUGUGAAUUUCUUUGAUUGCUUCCUAGGGGACCCUGGUAUGUAACAUCCUGGGAAAAGAAGACACACCCUGAGUUUGCUGGAGGUGACCUAUUGUUCUCAUCAGGCCUUGCCAUUUGUCCUCUGUUCCUCAACCCUAGCUUUCCAGUGCAUUGAUGUAACUGGUGGCAUCAACUUUGGGUAAAGUCACCUGGUGUCAGUGCUUUCAAAUAGAUGAUCUUGGCCUGUUUUCACAGCUCUUGGGACUGUCUGAAUUUCACUUCAGAGGGCUCUACAAACAUGGGUUAAUCUCUUGGGACAUUCCCAAAAUGGUGGAGAUGCUACAGACAAAUGUCUCUCCUUUGUGUUUUUGGUCAUAGCCCUUGCCUAACAUCAUGGAGACAGUAUUCCAAUGUCCAUGUGGGGAGGAAAAACUGGUACGAGGAUGGUUUCACUUGGAUCUUUUUUCUCAGCCAAAAGCAUCCAGCCUGUAUUGCACUAUGCCUAGUGGAGGAAAGGAGCUGUCACUUAGUAUGUGACUGUCUCAUAGGGCAGCAACUGUGGCAUCUCCUGCCUUUGGCCAGAGGUGAGCAUCGGGUUGUGUGUUCCACACUCUUCCUCACUCCAUCCCCCUGCCCCAUGUUCAUCCUCAUUGGACGCUUCAUUCUCAGCCCAGAGAGGUCAGCAGUAGAUCAUCCCUGGAUCCCAUGGAAGGGGAUCACACCAAAAUCCCUCUCUCAGCUUGCAAGGGGCAGGGAGAAUCAGCUCAGGCGCAGUGGUGAGCCACUUCAGUGAGAUCCAGCACCAGCGGGAUGUUGGCAGCCUCAUGCUUCCAGGUUGCCAAGGCCAGUAGACAGCACACAUUGACCUGAUGGAAGCACUACAGAAACAUCUGGAGCUACAGGGAUAUUGUGAAGGGCAGGGGAGUUGUCUGAUGUCUCCUGUUUCCUUUUGCAUCGGUAUCCUGGGUGGGGACCCUUGGGCAGAGCCCACCCACCUCUGUCAUCACCACCAUAUCUUGUCACGUCCUGCUCCACAUCUCAUACGAUGCCAUCACGGUCAUUGAGCGGAGCUGGGACCCUCUCACCCAGCCAUCCACCAUGUUAAAAGCACAAAACACCAAGGGACUGAACUGAACCUUUUGAACAGGGUGAGAUGUUUUAUAAGCACUGCCUCAUCCACCCCUAACCCUGACGCACCUGACAUGUAACCUAUAGACUCUCAACAUGGAUUGUUUCAUACAAAUAAAGCUGCAGUACUCAAG